ACUUCUUUUCUCCACACUUGCGCGGCCCAAAGGAGGUUUCUAUGCUUUUUGCGCCAUGUCGGGCAAGCCUCAAGUCAUUCUCGUCGUCGGCGGAACCUCCGGCAUUGGCUAUUCCAUAACGCAAUCCAUUCUGUCCUCGCCAUACCUUCCUCUGAAUGCAAAGGUCAUUGCGUUCGGUCUCAUCGACUCCACAAUCAAACUUGAAUUCACCAAGCAACAAAGAGAACGCUUACGAAUUGUUGAGGGCGAUGUCACUGUCGAUGAAGACCGCGAACUAGCGGUGAGGACCUGCUUCAAUGUUUUCGGAGGUUUGGACACCCUCGUGUACUGUGCAGGGAUCAUUACACCGAUCCAAACGUUUGAGAAGCUGAACAUUGAAGCUGUCAAGAGAAGCUUUGAUGUCAAUGUUUUUGGAGCAAUGAGUAUGGUCCAGCUCACACUUCCGCAUCUUCGUGCUUCACGGACCUCACGUCCCCUUAAUGCCGGUCGCGGCAAGGUGAUUAUUCUCACCUCUGCCUGCGACAAUACCGUCACUUACCAUGGAUGGAUGCCCUACAGUACUACGAAAGCCGCACUAACCCGAUUUGUUUCCUGUCUCGCGCAUGAAGAACCCCUUCUGAGCGUACAGGGCGUCUAUCCAAAACUUACGCGCACAAAAAUGAUUGAUGGACUGGUAGAGGGCAAGUAUAGAGGUGUUAUGGCGGAACAUGAAAUGGAGAGGUUCAGGAUUUGGGAUGAGAUGGGGGAUGAGAUGAUAGAGCCACCGGAGUGGUGUGGAGAGGCGGUUGCGAAGAUGGCAUUGGGUUUGUUUGAGGGUGGGAAGAGCGGUGAGACCUUGUAUUAUGACGAGCAUGUUCCACGGAAGAUUACAGGUACAUGAUACAGGGGGAUGGGUCGCGACAAAACUAUCAUAUUAUUAUGCGUUGAUCUGCUAGCAGCAGAAGCACCUACAUUUCAGCUUUCUUAAUUGAAUUACGGUUAUA